CAUUAACAUUCGUCGCUUGUUCGUGAUGCUGAAACGAUCUCCAGAGCACGGAGCAGAGACUAGAAGUGUUCCUGUUUGUUAAAGGAGGCGUCGACGACUCGUAGGAGGACAGCGCGAGAAAGAGGAGCUGAAGAGACAGUUAAUAUACAAUUCCUUCACUGUUGGACCUGGAAAAAGGGAGCAAGAGCCCUAAUUUUCCAUACAAAAUCCACCAGCAGAAGAAAAUAGUCACCAGUGAAUUUUCCCUGACAGCAAGUCUUCAACAUGUGUCGGAUCUAACAUAGACCAUUAUUGAGUAAACAAGGAAUAUCUCCGUUCUUGGGUGGACGUGGGCAGAUUUUUUUGUGGAAAUGCCUAAGCUUAAGAAUUCAUCGGUUUUCUUUCUACCAGUUUUAUGGGGUUUGGCGCUUGGUGGCUCUCAAAGUGUACAAAUUGGUGGACUCUUUCCAAGGGGUGCUGAUCAGGAGUACAGUGCAUUUCGGAUAGGAAUGGUUCAAUUCAGCACACCCGAAUUCAGAUUGACGCCCCAUAUUGACAAUCUGGAAGUAGCGAACAGUUUUGCUGUCACCAAUUGUUUCUGUUCUCAGUUCUCGAGAGGAGUUUACGCCAUCUUUGGAUUCUACGACAAGAAGUCGGUCAACACGAUAACGUCGUUCUGCGGGACUCUGCAUGUGUCAUUUAUCACGCCCAGCUUCCCGCUGGAUGGAACUCAUCAAUUCAUCAUCCAGAUGAGGCCUGACAUCAAAGGACCCCUACUCAGCCUCAUUGAGUACUACAAGUGGGACAAGUUUGCCUAUCUCUACGACAGUGAUAGAGGUUUGACCACGCUGCAGGUGGUGCUGGACACGGCUGCGGAGAGGAAGUGGCAGGUGACGGCCAUUAACGUGGGCAACCUGAAGGACGAGAGGAAAGACGAAGCCUAUCGCUCCCUAUUCCAGGACCUGGAGAACAAGAAGGAGAGACGGGUCAUCCUCGACUGUGAACAGGACAAAGUCCGAGACAUUAUGGAGCAGGUCAUCACCAUUGGCAGACAUGUGAAAGGCUACCACUACAUCAUUGCGAAUUUGGGUUUUGUGGAUGGGGACCUCUCCAAAAUCCAAUAUGGCGGAGCCAACGUGUCAGGUUUCCAGAUUGUGGAUUUUGAUGACCCGUUGGUGUCCAAAUUUGACCAGAGGUGGGAGGCUCUGGAGGAGAAGGAAUACCCUGGUGCCGACAGUAAGAUUAGGUACACAUCUGCGUUGACCUACGACUCGGUGCAGGUGAUGACGGAGGCCUUCCGCUACCUGCACAAGCAGCGCAUUGACAUCGCCAGGAAGGGCAACAACGGCGACUGUCUGGCCAACCCCGCUGUGCCCUGGGCGCAGGGAGUGGAGAUCGAGCGCGCACUCAAACAGGUUCGUGUGGACGGCCUCACAGGGAACAUUCAGUUCGAUCAACAUGGCAAACGAGUCAACUACUCAGUUAAUAUCAUGGAGCUGAAGAAUAAUGGUCCUGUGAAGAUUGGAUAUUGGAAUGAAGUUGACAAAAUGGCUGUCACAAAAUCAGACGUGUUCCCGAAUGACACAACAGGGAUGGAAAACAAAACUGUCAUUGUGACCACAAUCUUGGAAGCCCCAUAUGUAAUGCUUAAGAAGAACGCUGACCUUUUUCUAGACAAUGAAAGAUACGAGGGCUACUGUGUCGAUUUGGCCGCUGAGAUAGCCAAGCACUGCGGCUUCAAAUACCAGCUGAAAAUUGUGGGGGAUGGAAAAUACGGAGCCCGAGACGCUGAGACCAAGAUCUGGAACGGAAUGGUGGGAGAGCUCGUCUAUGGGAAAGCUGAUAUAGCCGUGGCACCGUUGACCAUUACCCUCGUCCGAGAAGAAGUCAUUGACUUCUCCAAGCCCUUCAUGUCCUUGGGGAUCUCCAUCAUGAUCAAGAAGCCCCAGAAGUCUAAACCUGGAGUCUUCUCUUUCCUGGACCCUCUGGCCUACGAGAUCUGGAUGUGCAUCGUGUUUGCCUACAUCGGUGUGAGCGUGGUACUCUUCCUGGUCAGCCGAUUCAGCCCAUACGAGUGGCACACAGAGGAGUACGAGGAUGGCCAGAUCCAGACUAAUGAAUCGACCAACGAGUUUGGGAUAUUCAACAGUCUCUGGUUCUCCCUCGGCGCCUUCAUGAGACAGGGCUGUGACAUCUCGCCAAGAUCCCUCUCUGGGCGUAUUGUGGGGGGGGUGUGGUGGUUCUUCACCUUGAUCAUCAUCUCCUCCUACACUGCCAACCUGGCUGCCUUCCUCACUGUUGAGAGGAUGGUGUCGCCCAUUGAGAGUGCUGAGGAUCUGGCGAAGCAGACCGAGAUUUCCUAUGGAACACUGGACUCCGGCAGUACCAAGGAGUUUUUUAGGCGCUCCAAAAUUGCCCUAUUCGAUAAGAUGUGGACUUACAUGCGGAGCGCAGAGCCCUCUGUGUUCGUGAAAACCACAGCAGAGGGGGUGCUGCGGGUGCGCAAGUCCAAGGGCAAAUACGCCUAUCUGCUGGAGUCCACCAUGAACGAGUACAUCGAGCAGAGGAAGCCCUGCGACACCAUGAAGGUCGGCGGCAACCUGGACUCCAAAGGCUAUGGGAUCGCCACGCCCAAAGGAUCCUCAUUAAGAAAUGCGGUUAACCUCGCAGUACUAAAACUGAAUGAGCAAGGCCUGUUGGACAAAUUGAAAAACAAAUGGUGGUACGACAAAGGAGAGUGCGGCAGCGGGGGAGGUGAUUCCAAGGAGAAGACGAGCGCCCUCAGUCUGAGCAACGUUGCUGGGGUCUUCUACAUCCUGGUCGGCGGACUUGGUUUGGCCAUGCUGGUGGCCUUGAUUGAGUUCUGUUACAAGUCCCGAGCCGAGGCGAAACGAAUGAAGGUGGCAAAGAAUGCACAGAAUAUUAACCCAACUUCCUCGCAGAAUUCACAGAAUUUUGCAACUUAUAAGGAAGGUUACAACGUGACCUUCACGGACGCGAUGAGGAGCAAAGCGAGGCUGUCUAUAACGGGGAGUACUGGGGAGAACGGCCGUGUGAUGACUCCAGAGUUUCCGAAAGCAGUGCAUGCAGUACCUUACGUGAGACCUGGCAUGGGAAUGAACGUCAGCUUGACAGAUCUGUCCUGAUCGAUAAGAACCUUUCGAGUGCCUUACACUGGUUUCAAUAGAAGAGUUUUUGUCUUUUCCCCUGCCCCUCUUUCUUCACACUUUCUUUUUCUCGGUCUUCGUUGAAUGGUUCAAGGGUCCUCACAUUAUGGUGGCAUGAAGACGUUUCCUUCUUUUCGCUCUUUAUUUCUCACUAAACAAAAUACUCUCCCUCUCGAUGGAAUUUAAUCUCGGAAUAAAAAGGGAAGUUUUUUUUUUGUAAACCGGUGACAUCAUCAUCAUUUACUAUGUCUAUCUGAGUAUUAGGAGGCUUUAUUGACUGUAACAGCUGCUAAUGGGAGUUCUGUCAUCUCAACUAGGGGGAAGUUAUGUUUCUGUAGCCUCCACCGCCAACCCCGAGAUCCUUCAAGCAUACUUGACUUAAUUUGCAUUGAGAUGUGAAAUGUCUUUUUUUUUUUAGAAAAUUUAAGAAAAACUAUAUGGAAAAAAAUAUUUGUAUGUAUUUUCACAAAAUGGCUUUUAAAUAAUCCUGCUUACAUACUGGUUGAAUAUAAACAUAUUAAUGUGUGAGUAUAGUGAAAUAACAAUAGCUUAACAUCUUCUAGUUCCAUAUUUAAAAGCCCAAUAUGUUGCUUAUGGGGUUGAAAUGUUUAAAUCAUGUAAUUUAUUACUAUUAUAAACUUUCCUGUAAAUCUUAUUCUUUAACAUUUGCUGUUGAUAUAAAAUACUUAGCAAUGCUUGACAUUUAAAAUCAAUAAUUUACCUAUGCCUUUUACUUGUUCAAGUGGGUGGCACAAUUAUGUAUUUUUUUUGUUAUUGGUUUGUUUUGAAGUAUUUUGCUGUUUGUAUUUCUUUCUGUCAAGGACCAGGGUAGCGGUCCAGUCCAUGACAUCUCACUCUAUUGUAUUAUAUGUUUUGCUGUGAGAGGAAAAGAAACAUACAUAAUGGUCAACAUGGUCGUUUAAAAAUGCCAAAUAGGUAAAGAGUGCCAAAAUGUAGUGCCAGUAGGUAUGAAUAUAGUCCUAAUAUAAUCAGUCACUGUCAUCCAAGCGAAUGUAGGCAAGACAUUCUCUACGUUUUGUAACAGUUUUAUGGCUAAGACGUUUUGUAACAGUUUUAUGGCUAAGACGUUUUGUACAGUUCUACGGCUAAGACAGUGAUAUUUCAACAGCUUUUUUUUCUCUUCAGCUUUCAAGUUAACUCCACAGACUUUAUAUUAGCCUGAGUGUAAAAUAGCACUAGUUGCAUGUUGUUGCCUCCAAUACAUAUUAUUUCAUUUAAUUUUCCUUUUUAAAUGUUGACUAUAUGCGUUUCCAUUUUAAUGUUGAAGUUGUGAGACUAAAUGUUUGAGACUGGAAAUAGGAUACUAGACAUAAUAUAUAUAUAUAUAUAUUUUAUAUUUUAUAUGACAAGUAUAAAUAAUACCUUCUAAAAUUGUACAACCCUUCACUAAUUAUUAUUAUUUAAUUUUUUUACAAUUACAUGCAGUACUUAUUAUUGCGAAUCAUUUGGCGGCGACAGAUUUUCAAUAUUAGUUAUUUGUAGGAUACGUUUCCAAGGAAACGUUACAAUUUUGGAUACAGCACAACCCCCAGAAGCUUUUUUAGGUCGGAGCUUUGAAACAGCUUUUACAGACACACACCUCUGAUUUAGGCACCCACAGACAGUUUCAGAAAGCCCAAUGUUACUUUUGCAUUUGAAUAACCUGAUCUAACAUGCGAUAACCUCCUCUCACAUAUGUAAAGGGAGCAAUGUACUAUUGGUAUCACUGUUGAUUUUUUUGUGGUAACAACAACAGUAUGUUAUCUAAUCAACCUCAUCAUCACAUAUCCAGACUAUACUCACUGACAUUUUGUAUAUGGAAUGUGUGCUAACUUGUUUAUUUUGGGGGUUUGGGACUCUUUCUAAAUAAAAAGUAGCUAAUCUCUUGUUA